CGAUCUUUAAUUUGUUCAAUUUGUAUACUUACUCAGAAGAUACAAUCUGUGUUUUGCCAUAGUUACGUUAUGGCUGGUGCUAUUGUUGAUUUUGUAGUUGGAAAGCUGAAGGAGCAAGCUUUCCAAGAAGUCAUUUUCCAGUGGAGAAUCAAAGCUGAGGUGGAGAAAAUCAGUGGUCGGCUAGCCAACAUGAAAGGCUACGUUGAGGAUUCAGGCAAGGGGAAACAAGACAGCAAGGUAGCAGAGAGCUGGGUGACACAACUGAGGGAUACCACACUUCAACUUGAGGACUUGGUGGAGGAGUUGAUGUUGGAUUCCAAGCUUCUGGAACUCAACACUCCUCCCUGCAAUUUUUGUGAAGUGAAGUCCCUCUUUGCCAACGUGCAGAGCUUGGUGGAGAGGGUGAAGUUACAGUUUUGCUUCCAUCAGCAGUUAAAAGCCAUGGAUGAGAAGCUACUUGCUCUAGAAGCAGACAAAUCAAAGUACGGUAUAAAACUCAAGACAAGUGAUGGAAGAAACGAGUUACUGACGGGCAGUGGGAGUGGAUAUAUGGAGGGGAUAGAAGCAGUGGGGAUUGACAAGCAGGUUGAGGAUAUAGUAGAGCUGAUUCAGAAUAAGCGUAGAGAGCGGAUGUUGGUGAUCACGGUUUGGGGAGCCGGAGGUUGUGGGAAAACUACUUUGGCCAAGCAAGUUUAUGAAAGAGUGAAGAAUGAUGGGAGCAUCGAUUGUUUUUCGUGGGUUGAUGUAAACCACUCCUCAGAUAUUGCAUUUGUUCUGAGGGCAACAAUCAAUGGGCUGUACAAAAGUGUUGGAACAGAGAUGCCGUCUCAACUGGAGAAAGCAGAUGCAAAUUCUCUUCAGCACCACAUUUGCGAUUACUUGAAGGGAAAAAGGUAUGUUGUAUUCUUUGAUGAUGUGUGGGAUGAGAAGCUGUUGAGUAAAAUCAACAUUCCGCUCCAUCCUGCAUCUGCAAUUAUCAUCACUAGCCGUGAUAAUGGUAUUGCUAGCGGCUCUUUUCUUGGGGCUAUGCCUCAUUGUGUUGAGGUGAAGCCACUAGAAUUCGAUACAGCAUGCAACUUUUUCUGCAAAUUUGCUUUUGCUGCUGAGGGCAACUGGCCUAAUGAGACGGUUAAAGAAUUGGGAGAAGCAUUGGUUAAGAGAUGCACGGGUUUACCUGUUGCAAUUCUUGCAAUGGCUAGGUUGAUGUCCACAAAGGGUGACGAUCCAUCAAAAUGGAGGGAUGCUCUCGAAAGCCUUGACUACUACUCAGCAGAAUUCGAAGAAGGUGGCAGUCUAAAAUCUCUCAACAGAGCCCUAUUGUUGAGUUACAAUGAGCUCCAACCUCACCUCAAGUCAUGUUUCUUAUACUGUGCAAUGUUCCCCAAAACAAAGCGCCUUCUUGUCAAAGAGUUGAUCCGGAUGUGCAUAGCGGAGGGGUUUAUCAAUGAGGAUAGUGGCAGACCACUAGAAGGCAUAGCAAGGGAUUACCUCCUUCAACUCAAUAAUAGAAGCUUGAUUCGGAUUGUCAGCAAUGAGUCUAUAUAUGUUAGAAUGGACGACGAAAUUGAAAUGCAUGACCUGUUCCGUGAUGUAGCUGGUGAGGUGAUUAGAAGGGAAAUGUUUGCUGAAAUCAAAUUGAAGCAUAAUACCAAACUUGAGUGGAAGCAAAGGCGUAGUUUGAUAAUCUUGAAAGGCAAGGGAAAGGUGGUGAAUCUUGAAAACGGAAAUAUGAAGAAGCUACGUACACUCAUCAUCGAGGGUGGAAGGAUUAUUGUGAAUUCGCUCCCUCAGAUGCUCCAAAACAUGAAGUUGCUCAGAGUUUUGGUGUUGGAAUGGUUACCUGGUUGUGUGGAGGAACUGCCCAAUGAGGUUGGGGAUCUAAUUCAUCUUAGGUACUUAAGUCUGAGUCGUAAUAGGUAUUUGAGACAUCUCCCCGAUUCCUUGGAAAGAUUGCACAAUCUACAGACAUUGGAUUUAAGAUUUACUAACUUGAAGUUUUUGCCUAAAUGCGUGUCACAGCUUAUGCAGCUGAGACAUCUCUUUGGAGACAGCGUUACAGAACAAGCGGCAGAUGAUAUAGUAUUCACAUGUUCUCAGCUUCGAACAUUAUCUGGCAUACUGAUUAAUACCAUUCAAGCAAGAGAAUUAGUAAACCUCACACAACUCACUGAGUUGGACAUUGUAUUCAAGGAAGGGGAGGAAUGUUGGAGAGCAAUUUGUGAUUCUGUCAAUAAAAUGACAAAUCUACGCUCUCUAUUUAUUCGACAUGAAAUCAUUAAUAAUGGUGAUGGUAUGGUAUGGGAAUUUGGAAAUUUCUCACCACCCCUUUAUCUCGAGAAGCUCAGGCUGGAAAAUUUUCAGAAAUUAGUAAAGUUUACCCGCACUCUUAACUAUCUUCGCUCAAUUUAUAUAGAAUUCUGUGAUGUAGACUUGGAUUUCUUCAAUAGUCUGGAGAAACUGCCAAGCCUGUUGGAUCUCUACAUUGGCUCUUAUAGUGAAGAACAGUUAUGGUGCAGUGACGGAAGCUUUCCAAAACUUGAGAAUCUACGUAUACGGUGCGGGAAGCUUACCAAGUGGGAAAUUGGAAAAGGAGCUAUGAAAUGUCUCAAGUCACUAACUAUGAGUGCUUGCAAAUAUCUAGAAAUGCUUCCAGAAGGCUUGAGAGAACUUGAGUAUUUGAAAGAACUGCGUCUAUUCCACCCAUCUCAACAACUUAUUCAAAAGAUAAGUGUUGAAGGAUCAGAUCGAUGGAAGAUUGAACAUAUACCAAGAAUUACUAUUCAUAAUCUUGGUAAUAAAGCCUCGGGGUCACUAUUCGAAACAUUGAUAAAACAAACUGUGCAGCAGCGCAGGCUCUCUUCUGCACAGUUCAGCACCAGAAACUCUUAAGAAACUGCAUGUAGUAGUUUUUUUUUUUUGAAAACCACCAAGUAGUAGUUAUCCUUAGCUUGUUUACGUGAGAAUAAACACUCCAUCUGUAGAAAAGCUUCUUUAUCUCUAUCAAUGAAGAACUAUAUAUAUUUUUUCUCUU